GUGUAAGAAUUGCGCGUUCACAAUAAUUGUUGCGCGCUGGAAGGCGCGCCUGCGCGUUCACGCGAGUACGAGUGCAAUCAUCCUUCUUUUUCUUUUUCUUUUUUUCCGAGUCCAUCUCUGUCGCGGGGAAGAUGGAGGGCACGGCGUACGGAGCGGGCAGGGCCGGAGGAGCCUUCGACCCCCUCACGUUCCUACAGCAGCCUCACACCGUCCUCCGCAUGGUAUCUUGGCUUUUCUCGUUAGUAAUAUUUGGCUGCAUUGCUAAUGAGGGCUACGUGAACAGGCCGGAUGAGGUGGUGGAGUACUGCGUCUUCAACCGGAACCAGAACGCCUGUAACUACGCCGUAGGUAUGGGCACGCUGGCCUUCAUUUCCUGUAUGGCCUUCCUGGCACUGGAUGUGUACUUCCCUCAGAUCAGCAGCAUAAAGGGCCGCAAGAAAGCCGUGCUCACCGACAUCGGGGUGUCAGCAUUUUGGUCCUUCGUCUGGUUUGUGGGCUUCUGCUUUAUGGCUAACCAGUGGCAGGUGGCAAAACUUGAGGACAAUCCACUGAAGGAGGGCGCAGACGCUGCUCGCGCUGCUAUCACCUUCUCCUUCUUCUCCAUCUUCACUUGGGCAGCCCUUACAUGGUUAUCUUUGGAAAGGCUACAAUCUGUGAACUUUGAAGAGGAAUACCUCAAAUUAUUCCCUUCCCAGCCCCAGCAAUCUUAUGUCUAACAUGCCAACACACUUGCACAGGCUUACACACCCAAACACACACCCACACACACACACACACACACACAAACACACACACAGAAAUUACUUCUAUGCUUUCAGUCGUCUAAGUGCCAAGCUAUUAAGGAGGAUGUAAAAAAUGAAUGUGUUGUGCACAUGACAUUUGUUUAUUCACUAUUGUUUGUUAAUUUAUUGGUUUAUCCGGUGAUGGAUAAUGAAGAAGUUUUGAGGAAAUGAAAGGUCGUUAUUUCUGAAGAUGUUGUAGCCUGUUUGUUCAGGCCCUCUAGUGGUGUGGAUACCAGCAUCUACAGCCUGUCUAUUGUCCAAAAAUAGCUUUCGUUAAAAGGGGGUAGAAACAACAGUUAUAAUACAGUUUAUUUAGUAAAAUGAAACAUUUUUAUACUGUGAACUAUUUUGGUACAAGUCUGUCCUUUCAUUUAAGUGAGUAAUGUGUAGUACUUCAAUUUGGGGAGUUUGCAUGUUCUCCCCGUGCUUCAGGGGUUUCCUCCAGGUACUCCAGCUUCCUCUGCCAGUCCAAAGCCAUACAAUUUAGGCUGAUUAGUAGUGUGUGAAUGUGUGUGUGAUGUUGUGCCUUGCGAUGGGCUGGGCCCCCGUCCAGGGUGUACCUUACCUCGUGCCCCAAUCUCCCUGGGAUAGGCUCCAAGCUCCCCCUCAACCCCGUGUAGGAUAAGCCUUAUGGAAAAUGGAUGGAAAAAACAGGAUAUUAUCCUAUUUUUCCGUCUGAACAAAAAGGAUUACAGACAAUUUUCAUUAGGUCUCAGUAAUGUUUCAUCAGGUAUUGUCAUUAAAUUUCCAUGACUCAGUUUCUUUAAAUUUGUAAAUGUUACUGAAAUAAAUAAGGGAUUGAAACCUGACAGUGUAAUCAUAUAUAAAGUUGCAGUAACACACACCAGUUAUAUUGUAUGAUUUAAAGCUGAUCAGCUGAGGUUCACUUUAUUUAUUCUCCUUAAAUGUAAAUUUAAAGUUAAACUCUGAAGCUCUUUUUUUAACUAACUGGAUUUUCAUGAAUACCGUAUUUUUUGUCCUUUUUUUCCCCCUGCAAAUGCUUUAUAAAUAAAUUUGUUUGUAUUCCAGUUUAAUAAAUGAAAGCAAUUCAGCCAGGUUUUGUAAAUUAAAUCCUGCUGCGUUUUUAAUCAUUAGAGGUUAAAUUGAAUUCUGCUUAAAAUAAACAAGGUUAAGUCUUGUUUUAUACGUAUCUGCCAAAAUACACACGUAACUCUUGCUUAAUUACGUCUUCACGUUGUACUGCACUAAUUGCUGCACUGUACUAAUCAUGCUCUCGCUUUUCUUUCUCUCUCCCUCUCACAUCCUUACACCAAACCCUUCUUUGAUUUGCACUUAUUUACACCACUAUUGCUUCAAUUUCUUUAAUGGUUCAUGGGUUUAAAUCCUUUGUCAUUGUUGUUUAUGCACAUGUCAUGCAAUGAUUUAAACCCAAUUCCAUCAUUUUCAUUUUUCUUAUCAACAAACUUGAUUUUUUAUUUUUAUUUUUUUCUUACAACCUAUUCUGCUACAUCUGGCAUUCCAUUUAACACCACCCCUUCCAAACCAAAUCCCCUGUGGCCAGGCAGGACAGUCCUUCCUGGCAUUCCAGCGCUUUAAGUUGGGGGCGGAUUCGGCGCUUUUCUCGCAGGACUACACCGACCCGAGUCAGGAUGCGGCCGCCGCUCCAUACAGCGCCUUCACCAGCGGCGACGAACCCGAGA